AUGAUGAAAUUGAUGCUAGUCGUUGGCUUCUUGGCUACAGUGCUCAUGUUACAGACCACAAUGGCCCGUCCUCAAAAUGAUGUAGAAGUAUUGGAAUAUGAAUCGGAUAACAUUGGCAUUGGUGGCUAUAAAUUUAGCUAUAAACUAAGUGAUGGCACCACACGCACAGAGGAGGGCGUUGUUAACAAUGCUGGACAAGAGAAUGAAUCGAUAUCGAUACGUGGUUCGGUUAGUUGGGUUGCCCCCGAUGGCCAGACAUAUACCAUCAAUUUCGUGGCCGAUGAGAAUGGCUUCCAGCCGGAGGGAGCGCAUUUACCCAAAUAGAUUCGUCCAUCAUCAAGGAUCAGCUCCAGAAGAGAAGGAAAAGGAAUGUAAGAUGA